UGGAAUGCAUGACGUACCCUAGGCGCCAGCGGUCCAAUCGACGGCCGUCUGACCGCUCGCGGACCCCCAUCUUCCCCUCCCAUCCACCAUCUCUAUCUCCCUCGCACAUCAACAGAGCCGCGUCGGGCAACCCGCUACCAGGCAGAGGCAGAGGCAGAGGCACAGGCAUAACCCGUCAGGCGCCCCAGACAACCCGUCCUAGUUACCUCGCUGCCAGCGCCGCCGCCGGGACUCUGCGACGCGACGCACGGGCGCGCACAAGGAUCGGACCCCUGAGCAGGUUUGCCGCCCGCCGCCGCCAUGGAAGGCGUCACGGCCGCCGCGGCGCCCCGCGCCGGGCCGCCUCGCCCGCAGCUGUCGCCUAGCAUGCGCAGCAACUCGUACCUGAGUGAGCACCAGCAGUACAGGCCUCCGGGGAAGCCCGAGAACCACUACGGCAUCGACACCGUCGUCGAGGACCUGGGCGGCCGCUCCCCGCCCAAGUCGUCGUUGCCCUCGCGGCCCAGGCCCGUCUCCGUCUCGCCCCCGGCAUCGUUCAACGGAGUCCCGUCGCCCACUCACCCGCCGCGCGUGGUCGAGAGCGGCCUCAAUCACGAGCUGUCGCACCCCAACUGUGCGCCCAAUAAGGGCUCCUCCACGGCCCGCCUCGUGGCUACCCUUAUUUAUAGGUCCCCUGCCUCUCGCCCCCACCCUCACCACCAUGGGCAGGCCCCCGCUUCGGCCUCACCUGCCCCCCGGCCCUCCUCUCCAACCGCCGCGUCCUCCGCUGAGGAGCCAUCGGAGAUCCCGCCCAACAUGGCACCCACUACAGACCCGGCCGCGUUCCCGCUGGAGCCACCCACAGCCGACGAGACGCUGGAUCGGCUCUACGGCUCGUACGUGUCGCCGCUCUGUGUUGCCGCAUUCCUGCACCUAAUGUCCACCUUCCCUCUGCCACCCGGAUCGACCGAUUUCGCCAGCGCCCACCGCUGCCUCGACAGCCAGGAGCACCCCCACGUCGUCGAGCUGACUCUCAACCCGGCGCCCUCGCCCAGCUACCUCGGGCUCGGCGACCUGCGCAAACACGAGCUCAUCUACCGCUUUGAGCGCGAGUGGAACGUCGACGUCGUGCUGCAGAUGGACACGGUCUGGCGCCGCCACCCCCGCCUCGUGGUCUUCGACAUGGACAGUACCCUAAUUACACAGGAGGUCAUCGACCUGCUCGCCGCCACGGUCAAGGACCCGCCCGACCUGGCCGCCCGCGUCGCCGGCAUCACUCACCGUGCCAUGCUGGGCGAGCUCGAGUUCGGCGCCGCAUUCCGCGAACGCGUCUCUCUGCUACGCGGUCUGCCCGCCACCCUAUUUGACGACCUGCGCCCCAUCCUCGACGUCACCCAGGGCGUCCCUGCCCUCGUCCGCGCCCUAAAACGCCUGGGCGUCCGCACCGCCGUUCUGAGUGGCGGCUUCCUCCCGCUGACCUCGUGGCUGGCCCGCGACCUAGGCAUCGACCACGCCCACGCCAACGAGGUCCACGUCGACGACUCCGGUAGGCUCACCGGCGAGGUCAAGGGACUGAUAGUCGGCAAGGAGCGGAAACGGGAUCUGCUCCUGGAGAUCGCCCGCAGCGAAGGCAUUGCCCCUGAGCAGGUCGUUGCCGUGGGCGACGGAGCUAAUGAUCUGCUCAUGAUGGAGGCCGCCGGGCUCGGCGUCGCCUGGAACGCUAAGCCGCGUGUCCAGAUGGAGGCCGACGCCAGGCUCAACAGCCAGAGUCUGCUGGAUAUGCUUUAUCUAUUUGGCUUCACAAGCGAGGAGAUUGCGCUGCUGUCUUGAUGCAGCCACAUGACCAUGCACUUGGGGGAACGGGCGACCUGUGUUGGAUGUCUCGAGAAACAGUUGGCACCUAAUGCGCGUCCGCCAUAAGCAAGGCAUUGCGGUCAGACGGCAAGUAAAGUGAUGAAGAGCAUAGUUGUGUGAGUGCCCAGAACGCACGCCACCGCAGUUGGAUGCAAGGGAAACGUCGUGCCAAGAAUGCAACGCAACAUGUAAAAUUAAAAGCAACGAAUCCGAGCCUCAUCUACCUAGAGCUAAGAGUAACCGUAGAGUAAACGUAGAGCAACCUGUGUGAGUACCUAGCAUCGCAAC